CCAAAACAGUUUGCUAGAUUCUGACAUAAGAUAGUUGUAUAAAGACGUACAACUGAAAUGUGGAAUUUUUUAUAAACAAAGCAGAUAUUUAUUAUUUAAAAGGCAGUGGCUAUAGGAUUACAGUACAUCAAACAACAUGUCUCUGCUACGGAAAGAAGUUGAGACAAACAUCUUGGAUCUCCUACCAGAGCACAAAGCAUAUGUGAGGAAGAAUUUAUUUGAUGCCUUCUUUCUUCCUGAGGAAAAACUUGUCAAAGUUCAGAACCUGCUGAAUGAAGAGAUAAAUCUGCAGCUGCACCCUGACACCGACCAUGACGAUCCAUUGAAACUCUUUCCUUCAUAUAUAGAAGAGGUUCCAGAUGGCACUGAGAGUGGAAGGUUUCUUGCUGUUGACAUUGGUGGCACACGUUGCCGGGUUCUUCUCGUUGACGUUCACAAUGGAAAAACUUCUUCAAAAACAAUCAAAGAAGACCUUCCGGCUAGUUGUUAUACUGGUUCGGGCGUUAAGGUGUUUGAUUAUAUAGCGGGACAGCUGCACUGGCUGCUGUCCGAAUGUAAUCUGUUAAACACACCAGAACCUAUACAACUUGGAUUCACAUUUUCCUUUCCAAUAAAAACAAGUGCGCUCCAUAAGGCUAUUCUCGUGAAUUGGACUAAAGAUUAUCGUGGCAAUGACGUGAUAGGGAUGGAGGUGGGCCAACUGUUGGAGGACGCCAUCAAGAGGAGAGGAGAUAUGAACAUAAAGUGCUGUGCUAUCAUCAAUGAUACGAUUGGUACACUGAUGUGUGGAGCAUUUAUUGACAAGGGUUGCAAGAUAGGACUAAUCUGUGGCACAGGGACCAAUGGCUGCUGCUUUGAGCCAAUUGACAAUUGUGUGGACUAUAAAAAGACAGUACAAACAAAGAACAAAGCAUAUAGAGAGAAUGUUGUCAGGCAUGUUCCUUGGUGAUGUUGUAAGGCGUGUUCUGUUGAAACUACACAAUGAUGGCAUCAUUUUGAAAACAUGGCCUAACCAGUGGGAGAAGAUUUAUGGCCUGAAAACAGAAGUUGUUUGUAAUAUCCUACAAGCUGAUCAAGAUGUAAAUGAAAUAUUACAAACACAGGGCAUAAACAGUCCAACUUCCCUGGAAUGCAGGCUUGUGUAUUGUGUAUGUCAGUUGGUUGUUAUACGUGCAGCUGAACUUGUGGCAGCAU